AUGGAGAUGAUAGGGAAGCCCAUACAAUCUCAACCCAUUAUUUGUCGAGAUAUAAUUAAACCCGCAAAUCCAACCCCUUCUCAUCUCAACACUUAUAAUCUUUCUGAUAUCGAUGUAUCCGUCGGGAAAAUAUACCUACCACUGCUUCUGGUAUACCCAAACAAUGACGGUUGCAGUUUAACUUCCCAAGAGAAAGCCACGGUGCUUAAGAACUCUUUGUCACAGAGCCUGACAAAAUACUAUCACUUUGCUGGCAGGUUACCCACACACACGACACCUUACGUGGACUGUAACGAUGAGGGAGUCGUGUUUCUUGAAGCCCAAAACAAUAGCAAACUUGAUGAAUUCCAGCUUAGUAGCGCGCAAGAUGGAAAUAUCGACAAUCUAUUUCCAGAUGAUAUGGUGGGCUACAAGUCCCCUCGUAAUACAAAUCUUGUGGGGGUUCAACUCAAUCACUUCGCGUGUGGUGGAGUCGGGCUUGCAGUCUCUAUGUCACACCUCGUUGGUGACGGUUGCACUCUUGGUUCCUUCGUUAAUCAUUGGGCUUCCGUAGACUGA